GAUGACUAUCCAGAUUAUUCUGUCGGAAAUCAAAGACCGCCUGGCAUGUGUUAAUGGCCUUUGCUGUACUCGAACAGGAGAUGAGUGGAAAAAUUCUUGUGGGGGUGCAAUGGCUGUUUCAAUUUGUUUUGAGGAUGGUUCCUGCCCGGAUAGACUAGUUCGUACUUCCUCAGAUUAUUGUUGUGAAUGUCCAUAUGGACAGGCUGCAGGAAAAUGUGCUCAUGGGUGUCCUCCCAACUAUUCAUGUGAUUAUGGUGGAGAAUAUUGUUGCCCUAAAUGUCCACAGGGGGAUAGACCUUAUGGCUCUUGCUUUAACGGUGAAUGUGCUACAGGAUAUAUUUGCUCUGCAGGAAAUAUUUGUUGUAACAGAAAAUAA